AUGGUUUUCUUGUAUUUCAAUAUUGUUGUACCAUAUACUGAAAGAUUAUUUGGACCAAUCAUAUGUUAUCCAGCAAUAUCAUCAUGUGAUUUACCAUUAACAAUAUUUUCUUCUUCAACACUUACGAAAUCAUCUCUAAAUGUAAAAAAUUUCAAUGAUGUUUAUAUUUUACUUGAUGGUCGUCUCAUACAAUUAAAUACAUUGAUCGUUCAUGUUGAAUUUAUCGACGAUUGGGUAUCAACGUCGUCUUAUAGUGCGGAUUCCUUAUCUAAUUUAAAAUGUUUUUCAUUAACAUGUUUCGAUGUUACUGAUGAAUAUGAUAUAACAGUUUUAUCUUUUAUUCGUCGAAUGUCACAUUUAGAAGAGUUAACUCUAAUUCUUCAUAUAUCUGGUCGAUCCAUAUUGAAAUCUGGUACUGAUUUUGAUGAUAAAUUACUUAUUCAUAUGAAACAACUUCAUAGAUUUAUAUUUUAUAUUCAGCCUAAAGAAAGAAUUAAUGAUCCAACUAUUCUUGCAUCUAUUAGUGAUAUUGAACAAUCAUUUACAAAUAAAAAAUAUGGACAAGUGGCUUAUCUUUUCCAAAUGUUAAAUAUUUAUUUAUCUAUCUCAAAUAUUCAACAACCAUAUUGGCGUUAUGAAGAACGUUAUCUUCUUGAAAAAGGUUGGUGUUCAAUUAUUGAAUUUUCACAUCUUAUUGUUCUUGAUUUGGAACAUGCUCAUCCUUAUUAUCUUGAACAUUUUCUUAAUGAUACAAAAACACAUUUACCUUGUUUAACAGAAUUAAAAAUUAUUUAUGGUGAUUUGAAAAACGUCGCAAUUGUAGUCGAGUGCAACGAAUAA